UAGGCGAAGUUGUAUCAGUGAUAGUUGAUAACUUAAAUAGGGGCCAGGGGCAAUCGCUUAUGAUGAUAUUCACUUAGAAAUCACUCAAACUCGGCCCACUUAAAUAUCUUUAUCGAUAACGAACGUUGAUCGCGAAUCUCUUCAGCAAUUGAUUUUCGAACUUUUAACAUGUUGUGAACCUACUUGGAAAUGCAAUUCAAUGCCAAAAUUUAAUACAGCAAGAUGUCACAGACAGCUUCAGCAUUUGCGGAGCUCCUGCAGACAUCUCUGAGUUCCAGAACUGUAUAUGUUAGGUGCAUUCCAGCUCCUGUUAACUUCUAUGAGCGUCGAGCGGUGUUAAGGGCUGUUCAAAAACUCACACAUGAGACUGUCGAAACAUUUAAGAAGCUCGAGGAUAAUUCAUCUUUCGUUGUUGUCACGACCAAACCAGGUACUGCUACUGCUCUUGUUAACGAUUCUCCCAUCACACGUGUUAUCAUUGCGCAAGACGAAAAUGCCGACCGCACACCCAGUACCGAUUCGUGGGGUGCUGAAUACGAUCUGCGAGGAACGAUUACUACGCCUGUCAAUCCGAUGGCUCCCUCAAAACUCACGAAAACGACCCCAGCCUUUUCCGACCUAGGCCUGUCUCACAAGUCAUUUACUUUGCAUAUGUUUGCUGCGAAUAGGACUUUCAACCACAAGGAAGCAGUAAGAAGAAACCCCCUGCACGGGCCGUGGCCAUCCAAUGGAAAUAGAGAAACAUUUGUGUCGACUGCGUUGCGAACGUCCGUGCCUUCAGGAGCAAUGGCUCCGGCCCUGCGAGAUUGGCACACCGCCAAUCAAUUGUCCCGCGAUUCCAUCAGUUUCGCAGACGAAGGCGCCGAAGGUGCAGCUAGUGUCUUACUCGGGAAGAAGCGACAUUCUCCAAAAGAAGUUUUCCUUAUGGAACGUAUCCGAGCCCGAUGGAAUCAAAAGAAAAUACCCGCCGUUAUGAAAAGUUUAGCUGCCUUUGCCGAUUCGCAAACCCAAGAUACAUCAUCCUCUCUUGAAUCACUUUCGGAUGCUGAACUUUUAACCAACUCCGCGGCGGAUACCGAUCCCUUAAUUGAUACCUUGCCCAAGGAUGCUACUUCGGCCCCGGACGACUCAUCGACGACUUUAAAUGAAACGCGCGACGAUGAAGACAAACCCAAGGGAUGAAUGACUAUCUACGAAGCACGCAAUAUCACAAACUUGAAAUGAGUACAAUUACAUGCUAGCCAGGGGUUGUGCUCGUGGGUCGCCCACCGGAGUUGAAGGCGACACUUAAUUUGUCCUUUCUAUCAUAACUUGGUGUAUAGUUGGGGUCAAUCCAAGCCACGAAAACGCCAGAAAGGACUUUCUUUCAGGAUCGAAAAAAUACAUCCUCAUCGGACCCGUGCGGUGCCGA